UUCAUAUACACCACAGCCAGAAUAAGAAAAUUUUCCAAGUGCUAAAAACUAUCAAAAUAACUUGUCUGGCAAGAUAUUUUCUUUUGCCAUUCAAUUUAUGGUUACUGUUAUUUUGAUCGAGCUUGUUUUUUCCGAUCCAAUACACAAAGCCGUUCAUGAUAACAACAAAAAGAGCCAAUCAUUUAAUGAGUUAAUGAAUGUACCUUGAAUUUAGGACAGGAGAAUAUAAUACACAAAAUUGACUCUUUCAAAUGUGAAAUCAGAAAUUUUCUUUUUCUGGACUUUCCUUAAAUAGCUACAUUUUUUUCUAGCAACGAUCCAAAUGAUCCAAGAUGAAUGAAUGGAAAACAAUGUGAUAAUAGAUCCACGAUGAUAAUUUGUCGAGACAUUAUGAAUUUACAAAUUGUUUUCAAUACAAGAUAUUCAAAAAUUUUAUUUAACAUCGCAGUUUUCUAACAUAAAAGCAUUAAUUAGAAAAUGUAUUUCCCAAUCGGAUGGCCGCAAACAUUAAAUUUAUGUAAUCAGACAUGUUAUCGAAUUGAUGCAAUUUUGGCCAACAACGAUCAAUCAUUGUUUUUAUUACUAUCUGAUGCACAUUUUUCCAUUUGGUUUUGUCGACCAACUGUUCAAAUUGUUCAUUAUGAAAGAACAAAUGAUUCAAUGAAAAAAUAUGGCUCAAACGUAUCGGCUGUUUGGCGUUCCGAUUCGACACAAAUUGUCAUACAGACUGCCAAUGAUUUUCUUCUAUUCUAUCAAGUGAUUAUAAAUGAUCAGGAUGUUAUGCCAAUCAUCGAACCAAAGAAUAACGUUGCCAAUGAUUCGAUUCUCGAAGAGAACAAGGUUCCUUGUUUAUUCAUACAGCUUAUGAAUUCUUUAAAAAUUAAUGAUGGAAUCUCAUGCAUGAUGGCAGCUGAAGAGGAGAUGGUCAUUGCAACCAAAACUGGCCUGUUGAGUGGAAUCGAAUGGAAUGGCCAACCCGAUGAUAAAUUUCAUUACAAUAUUUCUGUGCCUCAAAAUCAUCAUCAUCAUCAUAUGAUGGCGAAAAAAUCACCCGACCUAAAUCUACCGUCGUCAUCACAUUCAAAUCAUAUAAUUGAUUUCAAAUAUUCAACUAUUAUUGGAGGUUUUUCGCUUGUUUUCUCAAAUGGACUUGGCGCAUUUUUGCCUUUAAAUGAUCAAACAUCGACGACUACAUAUAAUCAUUUGCAAAUGAUCGGCCAUAUAGAUAAUGCCCUAUGUACAGCCAUUAAUCAUAAAUAUGCAUUCAUUGUGUUCGGAUUACUUUCAUCCGAAGCAAUUGCCUGUGAUUUCGAUGAAGUCGAUCGCCGAUUUGUCAUCUCAUUCCGAAUGACCCUUCCACCAAAUGUUUACCCCGAUGCUGAGAAAAUUCUCGGUUCCCUUAUUUCGCUUCAAUGGACACCUGAUUCAACAGUUUUAGCUACGAUCUGGGAAAAUGGUGAUUUUGCACUAUGGUCGGUUUUCGGUUCUUUACUCAUUUAUUCAAUUUCUUGGUAUAAUUCGCUUGAUAUCCGUAAUGAGUUUAAUCAAAAUCCUUUUAAAGUGUCAGCCCUUGCCUUUGGCAAGGAAGGAUUCCAUUUAUGGAUGGUAGAAAGAGAAAACUCAAAUGGAUCAUCUAACCGAGUGUGCAAAUUAUUAUUAGCGAAAAGUGUUCUAACCGUCAAUCCUUGCUCGUCUAUAAAUCUUGAAGCCGUUCUUUUGGCUUCGGAAGAUCGAAUUUUUGUCGGUGGAAAUAAAAACUCAUCGUUGAUUGCUCAAAAUCAAAAAUUUGAUGGUGGUGAAAAAAAUAUCGACAACGAGAUUUUAUUGAAACAAGAAAAAUCUUUAAGUAACGUUAUUUUAUCUGAACAAGAAUCAAAUGCUGUCGAUUCAUUUCAAUGGAUCACUGUUUCAUUGCCACAAAGUUAUCUGGAUACGAACUGGCCCAUUCGUUUGUUUGCCAUUGACCAUCAAACGUUGCAGAAUAUUGCUAUCGCUGGUAUUAACGGCUUAGCUAUGUAUUCUCUAAUUCAUCGACGAUGGAAAUUGUUCGGCAAUGAAAAUCACGAAAGAGAUGUUACUGUCACUGGUGGUUUCCUUUGGUACUACGAUUAUUUAAUAGCUGGUUGUUAUAACCUCAGUGAAAAUUGUUCCGAAAUCAGAGCCUAUUCACAUCGAAACAAGCUAGACAAUUCGAAUGCCAAAAUCCUUUCAGUUGAUCAUGAAGUGCAAUUACUAUCAUUGUAUCAGAAUCGAUUGCUUGCACUUUGUUCUGAUGGUACAAUCUAUCUGUAUGAUCUUCAUUUAUUUAAACGUAACCAUCAUUAUUCGACCAUUCACCAUCGUCAUUCACAUCAUCAGGAUUCUCAAGAUUAUGAUCUAAACAUUUCAGCACCCAUUAGGGUCAUUUUGAAUAAUUUGGAAAUAUUUCCCGAUUGUGUUACAUUGUGCCUUUUAACGGAUCUUCAUGUUGACAUGUACAAUAGUUCAAUCUUUAACAUUCAUCACACACUAUCAAUUCCAUCGUCAUCAACAACAACACUUAAUGAAUCAAUCAGUCAUCGUGUUGUUAAGCAAAAUCCCUCUUCCUCAUCAUCAUCACGUUCACAUUCAAUUUUGAUCAAUAUUUGUGGCCGAGUUUUGUUGCUCGAAAUGGACAUCGAUACUUCGAAAUUGCCGCCAUUUUCUUCCGAUGAUGAAGAUGAUGAUAAUGAUGUUGAUGGCCAAACUAUAAACCAUAGUCAAAAUGGCAAUUCCAAUAAAAGCAACAACAAUAGAUUCGUCAAUGCUGUUCAUACCAACGGCAGUGAUAAUAAUCAGAUAAUACGUUUUAAAAAAGUUGUGAAACUUGCUUCAAACGUGGAAAAUCUUUGGCUUCUUCCACAUGACGAUGUUCAACUGCAGGCUUUCUUACGAUCAUCGCAACAAAGUGAUAACAUGAAAGUUUUAUCUCAGCAACAAUUACGACCACAUUUAGAGACAUCACUUUAUUUGUCUUGUGGUUGUCAUGGUAUGGCUAUCUGGCUUUCACUUGAACAUUCAAUAAGGCCUUAUGGUUCAUCUUUAAUGAGAAAAAGUGAUGUCAACAAAAGUAAUAAUGAUAACGAACAUACCUACAUAUCGAAAAGGAUCAUGUUACCAUUUCAGGAAAUCGGAUCAGCGAUAUAUCCAUUGGCGAUUCGAUUUCGUGAAGCCAUCGUUCUUGGUGCUGAAUCAGAUUUUACUCAACCAAAUUUCUCGACGCUAUCCCAGCAACAACAUAAUAAUAGUCAGCAAUUGUUUUCCGUUAUACCCUAUUUUGUUGUCAAACGAACAUCACAAGUCUAUCUACAUUACAUUCUAAGGGAACUACUUCGUCGCAAUCUAGGAUAUCGAGCUUGGGAGAUUGCUAACACUUGUUCAACAUUGCCACAUUUCGUUCAUUCUCUAGAACUCCUGUUACAUGGAGUGUUGGAAGAAGAAGCUAGUAGUUCACAGCCCAUUCCUGAUGCGUUAUUGCCUCGAGUUGUCGAUUUCAUUCGAGCUUUUCCCGUAUUCCUUCAGACAGUCAUUCAUUGUGCAAGGAAAACAGAAUUAGCAUUAUGGCCUCAUUUGUUUUCGAUUGUCGGCUCACCUAAAGAUCUUUUUCAACAAUGUAUACUCGAAGGACAACUUGAUACCGCAUCCAGUUAUAUAAUUGUGUUGCAAAACCUUGAAAAACCAGAAGUCGCUUCAAAAUGCGUAUCACGAUUAUUGCAAGCUGCACGAGUAGCCGGAUGUUGGGUCACUGUUAAAGAAUUGAAGCGCUUUCUGCGAGCCACCAACCAAACUGAAGAAAAUCAAGAUCCAACAAGCGAUAAUUCUCAACAUCAAACCAGAACUAGAAGUAAUAGUGUUCAACAUUCUUAUCAUCAUCAUCAACCACAAGCAACUGAUAAACUUGAAGAAAUGUCUGUACCAUUAUCGGCACCAAUUAUCACAGGCACUAAUCACAAUGGUACUAGUUUAAUAAUAGGUUCGGGCAACAAUCGUGAUUCACGAAAGCCGAUGAUUUCUGAUCGUACGAAAUCAAUAAAUCGAGCAAUGCCAGGUAGAGCAGCCAUGUCAUCAACAAUUGAUACAAAUCAACCGAUGCCAGAUAAAUGUUGCAUUGAAGAAAAUGUCGCGAUUAACGAGAAUUUAAAUCAUGGUAAUAAUGAUAUUAAAGAGGUUUCAGAAGAUUGUUCUCUGAACAAUUUUGAUGAUCGAUCGACGAGUAUUAUAGUUGAUGAAAAUAAUGAGGAUCAGAAUAAUGGUGCCAUAAUUAGCGAUAUUGAUAAGUUUAAAAUGUCUAAUCAUUGCAAUGGAACCAUCAAAAAUUGUCGAGCUUAUCCUGGUACCAUAAUGCGAAUGACAUCCGAUCCGUUAACAUUGAAUGGUCCGGACAAAAAGUUGAAUCAAACUCUCAAAUUUUUGUCAAUUUCGGAAACAAAUUCAUCCGCUUCAAGCAUUAUGUCAUCAUCGUGUUCAUCAUCAACAAUAUCUUCGGCUUCAAUUUCAUUUUCAAUGACCAAUCAACAGCAAAAACAAAUGCAAGAAAAUCAUCAUCAUCAUCAAUCGAUGGGUGAAGCAAUCAAAGAAAAUAAUCAUCAUGAACAUCAUAGACAACUAAGGCCGUUACGAUCUGUUUCUAUUGGUCAAUCAUCUAAUAAUCAUGAACAAUGUACAAUAUUUUAAUUUUCGUAAUUGAAUCAAUUUUUUGUUUUACCGUGUAAAUCUAUGAUUUUAUAAACACAAUUAUUAUUAGAGGGAUAUUUAUUUUUUUUCCUACCAAAUAAAUUGACGGGUUUUGACUAAAAA